AUGUCAUUUGCUGGGACAAAUUUUAGUUUGUCCCAGCCGGAUAUCAUGCAGAAACUAACGGAGCGCAUAGAUGACCUGAAGCAAAAAAUCACUGCUUGGGGGAAGCGGAUUCGACGAUUUAGCGAGAGGUCAAGGCGGUUCAACCAGAAUUGUCUCUUGCAGAGUGAUCAGAAGAGGCUCUAUAAAUCAUUGGAGCGACCAGAGGUAUGUGGAGCGGGCCCAGGACCGGAUCAGGCUGACACUGUCGCAUUUUGGCGUGGCCUGUGGUCAGAGCCCGUAAACCACAGCGAGGGCCCUUGGAUGGAAGUUGUGGCGAGCCAGAGUGCAAGUGUUACGCCUAUGGACCCCGUCGCCAUAACGCCUGAAGACGUGGCUGAGGCGGUCCGUAGGGCCCCGAACUGGAAAAGUCCGGGGCUCCACGGGCUGCAUCAUUACUGGCUGAAGGGAUUCGUAGCGUGUCACGCUGUGCUUGCCCGACAGUUUCAAGAGGCUCUCGAUCAGAAGUCGCUCCCGAGCCUCUUCACUACUAGGAUUACUCAUUUGGUUCCUAAAGAUCAGGAUACCCACCAUAUAUAA